CCGCUGUGCAGCCGGCCCCGAGGUUCUCCACAACCGACCAGAACCCUGACUGACUGGUUCCUUUCUCACGCAGUCCUUUCCUUCCUUGCUCUUGUUCCCUCAUCAACAUACACCCACCCCCGCAGCUUCAUACCCACACACUACAAUGGGCGGCCCCAGGCUCGAGGUUUUCAAGUUCGGUGUCUAUAUCUUCACACCAGUCAUGUUCAUGGUGUACUUUGGCGCACCCGAGUUCUAUGACAAGCAUGUCCGUGGCUCAAAGUUCUGGCCUGCUCCCGAAGUUGUCAAUACACGAACCGGAAUUGAUAAGAAGGAAUUGUUGUAUGAGGUUGAGCGUUUAAAACAGGAACGUCUGGCACGCAAGGCUGCCCGCGAGGGUUUGGCUGAUGACAAGAAUGUCUAGUGAACACUGCGUUUUUUACUUUUUUCUCGUAAGAUUGAUUUCAAUUGUAAAUAAAGUAUUGACAAUUCGCUUGCAGAAAAACAACAGCAACCAUGAUUGCUGCUAUCAAGAAC